AUCGCCCAGCCUACUCCACAUCUACUCCCCUAGGCCCUCGAAUCCGGAGAUAUUUCGCAUAACAUGUCAGGUCGUGUCCCAUCCAUUGCUUGCAUAGGCGUAAUCGGCAAGCACAACAAUCCACUGCAUAUAUCACUCUUUCCAGCAGAAGAGCGGGCCCCGCUGGAAUUUCAGUUCCUUCUCUCGUCAUGCCUGGACAUAUUUGAAGCUCGUCUGCCUCACAAGACAGCAGACCAAGACUUUGGUCUUUUGCAAGCUGUCGAUGAGAGAUUAGCAAUGUACGGAUGGCUCACCAACACCGGGGUCAAGUUCGUUAUUGUGGUUGACAUGGAAGGGCGACCAGCUUCUGCACUUGACACCAAGGCCGCUACUGCGGUUGGGCUGCGAGAUGCGGAUAUGAAGCCUGCAUUCAGAGCAUUACAGACGGCAUAUAUCAAGUUGCUCCGGAAUCCAUUCUACGACCCAGAUGAGCACUCGCCAGUCACAGCAAACGCUGAGCAGAGGAUUGGCUCAACUCAAAUCACAAGUCGCAAGUUCAUCCAAGAGGUCAAAAAGAUUGCCGAAGCGUGGUCGCCGGGCGUUACGAGCAUUUGAGCAAACUAUACUCCAAUAAUCACGAUACCACAUUGCAUUUAAAGGCGUUCAGAAAUAACACCUUCACUUCAAACAUUGCUUCCUUUUGGGACUGUUUGGACUCCAAUAGCACAAUGGACUUCGGAACUUCCCAAAAGCGCUAGCGCCGAUUGCAGUCUAGUCCAAUGUUAGAGCAGAUCACCUCGGUCA